AUGUCAGUGGGAAUAGCUCCUCUCAAUCCUAAGCCCUUUUUGAAUAGUCUGACAGGAAAUCGAGUAAUCAUAAGACUCAAAUGGGGAAUGGAAUACAAAGGAAAUCUCAAAUCAUUUGAUGCUUACAUGAAUAUACGACUAGCCAAUGCAGAAGAAUGGAUACAUGGUGAAUAUAAAGGAACCUUAGGGGAAAUAUUCCUAAGGUGUAACAACAUUCUGUAUAUUCGAGAAGACAACGAGACGGAAAAUGCAACAAAGUGA